AUGGAGUCCGCGUCAUCAGCACAGCGGACCGGCCUCGAUGCUGCAAGCAUUGUGCCUAUAACCAAGACGCUUUUGUCAAAUCCGGAGGAAUUUCUCACUCCAUCUGCCCUUUUAUACAAUCAAUCGAGCGUUGCUUUGAAACACUAUCUUGACGCCCUUGCCUCAAGCACGACUAAACUCCAGCAGAGUGAGCAGUUGCGACAACGCAGGAAUAAGCGAAAACGGGUCGAAAACGAGUUAGUCUCAGGUUCGAACAAACUACAGCUUCAUGAGGUACAUACAAAUGGAUUCGAUGUGCGACAAAUAUGGGAACAGGCGCAGCGAGUGCUGAAAGUCUCGUCCGACGUUACACGACACAAUACUUUUAUUCAGGCCCAAAAAUUUCGAAAUGGAGUAAAUAAUGCUGCUGGAAAGAAUAAUUUGAUUUCGGAGUCCUCCGAGGAUGCACUAUCUGGUCAAGAAGCCGAGUCUGAGGAGGAAGUUCUUCAGAAGUCUAAUGAAGACGAAAUUUUGGAGGAUACACUAGGCUUAUCUGAUGAAGGCCAGGAUGAUAAUUCCCACCGGCUUUCACUUGUCGAUUCUAGCGAACCCAGACUGUCAAAGCAAGAUCGUCCGUCGCAAACAAAGCGGCUUGCCCCUUUUAUUAAGGAUCGCCAUGGCCUAAAUGAUGGUUUUUUUUCAAUAGAUGACUUCAAUAAGCAGUCAAGGUUGUUCGAAGAGCUAGAUACCAAGCGUGCUACACUUGAUGAUAUUCCCAGCGACGAAGAAGAAAUCGAUUGGCAAGCCAAUCCUUUCAUCACGGCGGGAUAUGAUCAAGACGAUAAUGACGAUGAAGAGAGUAUGGGUGGCGUUGAUACCGAUAGAAUGGAGAACGAGGAUAUAUCUGGGGAGUCCGAUAUUGGUGGUCUUGAGGACGUAACCCGAAAUACAACUUAUGAGGAGUUUUUUGACCCACCUGAUCCGAAGAGGUUACAAAAGAAUAAUGAUGAAAGCCUAAGGAAAGAUGGAUUUCAACCGUUUGGGUCAGAUAUUGAGGCUGAUGUUCAGAGAGCUAUAGCUGAUGUUCAUCGGGAUCUAUUCGAUGACGAGGAUUCGGAAGAUUAUGAAGGAUCGGCAUCCAAAACUGCUGGUGCAAAAGAGUCAACACAUGAAAAAUCUCGAGCCAAAAUUACCGACGAGAUUCGUCGGUUAGAAGCCGCCAAUGUUGCGAACAAAGAAUGGACCUUGACCGGUGAAGCCAAGGGAGCCGAUCGGCCCAUCAAUUCGCUCAUUGAGGAAGAUCUGGAUUUCGAACGUGUCGGUAAGCCAGUGCCUGUCAUCACAGCCGAGAUCACCGACGAAAUCGAAGCUCUCAUCAAACGAAGAAUUGUGGCAAAAGAAUUUGAUGAUAUUACUCGAAGGCCACCCCCCGGACUUGCUGAUUACGCUGAGGCAAGGUCUAAGUUUACACUGGAUGAAACAAAGCCCCAACAAAGCCUAGCUGAACUUUACGAGGUGGACCAUCUAAAAGCAACCGAUCAAAAUUAUAUCAGUAAAAAGGAUGCUAAGAUACAAAAGGAACAGAAUGAGAUUAAACAGCUUUGGAAAGAUGUCUGUUCCCAAUUAGAUACCCUUUCGAAUUUACAUUUUCGGCCCAAACAGCCUUCAACAAAUAUUCAGGUGGUGGCAGACGUCGAUACAAUUGUUAUGGAAGAUGCUCGGCCUUCUGUUGGCGAUGGUUUGGCCAACUCUGGAACCCUUGCACCGCAAGAAGUAUAUGUCCCUGACGCUCGAAAUCGCGAUGAAUUCGUGACAAAAGGUGGGGCCGCAGUCUCCAGAGAUGAGAUGUCACGAGAAGAAAAACUCCGAAGAAGAAGACGGGAAAAGCAGCAGAAGCGAAAGAGAACUGCAGACGCCGUCAAACAACCAGAAAGCGCCGCAGCCAAGAAACAGCAACUGGUAACCACCCUUGGAAAGGGUGGUGUCAAAGUUAUUGGAAAGGAUGGUGCUUUGACGGAUGUCCGUGGGCAGAAAAUCUCUACAUCAAAUACAUCUACGAGCCGGCAAACCUUCAAGCUGUGA